GGGACCUGUAUUUUGAGAAAGCUGUAAAUGGUUUCCUUGCUGACCUCUUCACAAAAUGGAAGGAGAAGAAUUGUAGCCAUGAAGUGACAGUGGUUCUGUUUUCCAGAACGUUUUAUGAAGCAAAAUCUAUAGAUGAGUUUCCUGAAACGCAUCGUGCAUCAAUUCGGCAGGAUCACGAGGGAAGAUUUUAUGAAGAUUUUUACAAGGUUGUAGUUCAGAAUGAGAGACGAGAAGAGUGGACCUCGUUGCUUGUGACCAUUAAAAAGCUUUUCAUCCAGUAUCCUGUGUUGGUACGACUAGAGCAAGCAGAGGGCUUUCCUCCAGGUUACAAUUCUACCUCUGCACAAGGGAACUACCUGGAGGCUAUAAAUCUUUCAUUCAAUGUGUUUGACAAGCAUUACAUAAACAGGAACUUUGAUCGGACUGGCCAGAUGUCCGUGGUUAUCACACCUGGUGUGGGUGUAUUUGAAGUUGAUCGACUCCUGAUGAUUCUAACCAAACAGCGGAUGAUAGACAAUGGGAUAGGUGUGGAUUUGGUAUGCAUGGGAGAACAACCACUGCAUGCUGUACCACUCUUUAAGCUCCACAAUCGCUGUGGACCUGGUGACUCCAGAUUGGGUGAUGACUACAAUAUUCCACACUGGAUAAACCAUAGUUUCUACACAUCCAAAAGCCAGCUCCUGUGUAACAGCUUCACUCCGCGGAUCAAGCUGGCAGGAAGGAAGCCACUGACUGAGAAAGCAAAAAACAACCGAGAUGCCUCAUUAGGGGCUCCAAAAGAUGCUGAGAAUACACUGCCUAUCCAGGUAGAUUAUGAUGGCUAUGAUGCCCAGGUGUUCAGACUGCCGGGCCCAUCCAGAGCCCAGCGCUGUACCACCUUCAGGUCUGUGAGGGAGCGAGAAAGUCGUACCAGAAAGAGCUCGAGUUCCUAUGAUGUCUCGUGCAGCCCCUCUCUGCAGAGCCGCACGCUGCCUCCAGAGGAGGUGAGGAGCCAGGCUUCUGAUGACAGCUCACUGGGCAAGAUAUCCAACAUCCUGAUGAUCCCACGGCCUCAUCUGCACCAGUGUGAAGUCAGCAGCUCUUUGGGCUAUACCAGCACCAGAG